CGGCUUCACUAUUCACCCCCAACCACCAGCCUUCCAGCAACUACAAGUAUGCAGGUUCACGCUGUCCCAGAUUCCGAGCGCGCUUUCGAUUCUACGGGGAGAAGACUCCCUUGGGCGUUUGAAUUCGCAGACUCUGAUCAGACCAAGCGUCGCAUACCCGAAGAGAAAGGGCCAUUUGGCAAAGCGCGCAAACGAGGCACUUCACGCAGUAAGACUGCGACCCCCGCCCGCAAAGAAGACCAAGCCAAGCUCGACAAUAUCCGCGUUAUCGACGACAUCUUUGCACGAAGCAAAGCGGCAGAGGAGAAGAAGGAGUCUCUGCGAGUGCGCAAGACAUCGGGUCCUUCAGCCUCUCUUCCAAUCUCCGCAUCCGCGCCGAAUCUUAUUGAUGGACCCGGCCUGGUGGGUUCGUUCCAGGCAGGCGCAUCUACGGGCACAACGGUGAAGGAGCCAACGGAAGUUAUAUUAUAUGGCUAUGGCAACGACGUCCAGUGGGCGGCGGUUGACUACUAUGAAAAGGUCUCUGGCGGCAUAAUCUACGAGGACUAUGAUCGACAACCUCCAUCUGCGAAAUACAAUCUCACGCUCUCGGCACAGAAAGCGUCAUCUUACCGCUCCCUCUCUAAAGUAUCGCUCCGCAAAAUCAACGAGUAUGUCGGGGGUGAACACUGGAUAAAAGUCACGUUCGACAGCCCUGAGGCAGCUGAGCGCGCAUGCCACUACUCCCCGCAUGUCGUCCAAGGAUACACAGUGUUCGCGGAGCGGUAUAGGGGGACGGGACCGAAUGCCGAUAGAGCGUUGAGGGCGAGCGCUGGAGCGCAGACAAGCCAGACGGCCAGUCCAAACACUCUUUCUUCGACGACUAUGCCAUUUGGGAACACAUCGCAGUCUUCUCACACGCUUUCAUCAGCUACCGCCACAGGAUCGAUGCCAGCCUCGAUGCCACAACGCCAGCAAUCAGAGCCUGUUCUCCGCGGCGCCUUUCCAGUUGAUGAUCCAGAACCCACCAUAACCACUAAUCCAUUCCGACAAGAACCCUCAUCCUCCGCAGCUGCAGGAACCACAUCAUCUCUCCAACCCCCUGGUGCCCGACCCUCUGCAACCCAGAAAUCGAGCCUCCGUGUCCGCGGCGCCCGCCCUGUCGUUCUGCUGCCUCAAGAAAAAGCCUUUCUCCCUGCCGCGCCUCGCUGGCAGCAGACGCUCGGCUCGUGGCCCAUCAUCGGCUGGGUAGUCGGAUCGGGACAUGGCAUGAUCGGCGAUCAGGUACCAAGGAAAGAGGAUGGUUCAUUUGACAGCAAGAGCGCGAGUCUGUACUGGCGGGUCUGGUAUGCGGUGGAUAGCUGCUUCGGGACGGAUUUCUGUGGGGUUAAGGAUGCGGAGUAUGAUGACUGAGGCGGUGGAUAAGGCGGUGGAUAAAGCGGCAGUGAUAGCAGCCGGGGGUCUUUUGAAAAUAGGAACAAGCAGAUUGGUUCGUGGGUGGGAUGUAGGAACUCUUUGAUGCAUUGGGCGGCGUAUACAUGGCGUUCAUCCUGCUGAAAAUUACCUGGGAGGAUGGUUGUCUUUUAGGCUUCUU